CGUUCAUACCAGGGAUCAUCGAUACAGCAUUUAAAUGCUGUCGUCCUCUUUCCAAGGCCAUUUCCCCAACACUCAAUACGAUGCAAACAGUUACAAGCAAUCAACGAUAGCAUACUGCAGCUUGAGAUUUCUGUCGUGUUUUUCAACCAUUACUCUUUCUAAUUAGGCCUGUUAUCUCGUGAGCCAUCAUCCAACAUCCUGAGUUAUGACGGCAAGUUAUUUUCAUUCUUGCAGAGAGUACCCACUUCACCCUCAGCACCAUCCAGACAAUUUGGAGAAUAUAUAUUAACCUCCAUGCAGUCAAUAGACCAAGAGCAAAUAUUACUGAAUUGACAUGAUCUAUCAUUCCACGUUGACUGAGCCUUUCGUUUCCCUCUCUUCUCUCUCUUUUUCAUUCCUGCAACUGUCAGUUCAAACACGACUAUCACCACCGCACGCAACACAGUACGCACCUGUCAGCAUCCACAAAGGAUCUUUGGCAUUUGCUUUGCAUUUCCUUUCUGGUAUUCACAGUUGGCUCAAUUUGCCAAAUUUCCCAACAAAAAACAUGUCUUCACGAUCUAGCACACCGUCGCACAAGCGCUCUGGUUCCCAGCUCAGCAGCACAUCCAAUUCCAAGAAACUGUGCACCAAACAAUCCACCAGCACCUGCUCCCUUACCGCCUUAGAUCCCUCCUUUAUCGACAACUGGAUCCUAGCCACUACCGAGGAGGAACGCGCGGCACGUCGCGGGCUUGACGUUGCCGAAGCCCGUGACUUCCAGGCUGCCCAGAUACUCUCUGCUCGCAAAGCAGCGAAGGACGCAUGGGCCAUCAUCCUAUUGCGUCACGAGGUUGAGAAGAAAGUCAAGGAGCUUGAAAGUGAGCUUGAGGGGCUUAAAAGGGAGUUGGAGAUCUUGUGGAAGAAGGAAGUGGAUGCACAAACAGAGAUUGUUGAGUCUGAUGGCCCGCAGCUAUACUACGUUGAGGAUUACAUGGAGGAGGAUAGACUUGGGCCAUGCAAUGAUGGCUUGAGGCCAAGAGCGGAGAGUUAUAGUCCUGGGGAUGAGCUCGCAUGAUGAGACUCUGCUCACGCUCUGAGCACCAAGUGAAAUCUCUCGCCUUAUGUUAUUUCGUAGAAAGACAAGGUCACCCUCCCUUCACGGGGUCUAUAAUAGUUCCCCCAAGGCACAGC